CACUCUACUCUAUUAUCAAAAGGAACAUUGAAGUACAGCUCUUCAUGUGUACAGCAAAAAAAUGUCUCUGCAAAUAGAUAUAGAUAGACACACACUAUAGUGUGAAACCCUCCUCUGUAUGAACUGAAUGAAUCCUUACACUAUACAUACAUAAAUACCUACAACCACCAUUGUUGUUUCCGAGGUUUUAAAGAUUAAGUUUUUUCAGAUUCUUGAUUUAACUAUGGUUUAUUAAACCCAUCAAGAUUCAACCAAUGGGUUCACAAAGAAACCACCCAUUUUUGCUCCUCCCCUUUUUUCUAAUUACCAUCCUCCACCUCACCCCGCCGUCCCACUCCGCCGCCGCCGCCGCCGCCGCCGACUACACCACCGUGGUCUACAAGGGCUGCGCGAACCAGUCACUAUCAGAUCCAACAGGUGUAUACUCACAAGCACUCUCAUCCCUCUUCGGAACCCUAAUCGCCCAGUCGUCGAGCUCCAGGUUCUUCAAGACCACCGCCGGCGGCGGCCAGACCACCAUCACCGGCCUCUUCCAGUGCCGCGGCGAUCUGUCGAACGUCGACUGCUACACCUGCGUCAGCGGCCUCCCGGUGCUGAUAGACAAGCUCUGCGGCCGCCCCAUCGCCGCCAGAAUGCAGCUCCUCGGCUGCUACAUGCUGUACGAGGUUUCCGGCUUCGCCCAGAUUUCCGGGAUGGAGAUGCUGUACAAGAGCUGCAGCGCGACCAACGCCGGCGGCGCUGGAUUCGAGGAGAGGAGGGACACCGCUCUCUCUUCCCUCGAAAAUGGGAUGAGCGGCGGCGGCGCCGCCGCAGGCGGCGGCGGAGGCGGGUUUUACGCGACGAGCUAUGAAUCGGUGUAUGUAUUGGGGCAGUGCGAAGGUGAUGUGGGAAGCUCCGACUGUGUGGAGUGUGUGAAGAAUGCAGUUCAGAAAUCUCAGGUGGAAUGUGGGAGCUCUGUUUCCGGUCAAAUCUAUCUCCACAAGUGCUUCAUUAGCUAUAGAUAUUAUCCGAACGGCGAACCGAAGAAAUCGGGUUCCGCUUCGUUUACUUCUCCUUCGUCUUCGUCGUCAUCGACUUCUUCAGGGUCAGGGUCAAAUACAGGAAAGACAGUGGCUAUAAUAGUAGGAGGGGCAGCAGGAGUGGGGUUUUUGGUCAUUUUCUUGCUCUUUGCAAGAAAUUUAACAAAGAAAAAAGAUGAUUAUUGAGAGAGAAAUAUAUAGGAGAUGUGUAUGUAAUGUAGCAUCUCCCAUUUUGGUAAGAAAGAAAAUUACUUGUCUUUUUACUAUUACUACUAAAAAGAAAAAGAAUUAUCUUUAAUUAAUUUUAAUUUGAAAAAAAAAAAGAUAAUGUAUUGGUUUUGGUUGUAAAGAGAAAAUGGGAGAGUAGCAGCAGAAAUUUUUGGCCUUGUUAUAUCUUUUUGCCAUGUGAUUAUUUGUCUUUUUACUUCAAA